CACAUCACACGAUUGGUGGGUGAGCGAUGCGCGCGAGCGGCGGCGCGAGCCCACGACCCGCACCACCGAAGCGCUCCGCCACUCCGACCACCACCAAACUACCAGUACCCGCCUCCUCCUCCCUCGCCAUGCCGGCACCUCGCCUCGCCCACCUCCGCCGCCUACUCUCGCUCCACUCUCCGCCUCCCCACCCGCUCGCCCCUAGCCCUGCCCGCCCCCUCCGCCCAUCCUUCAUCCUCCCCCGCGCCAUGGCCGGCGCCGCACAGGCAGGUGCGGCGACGGGGUCGGCGGAGUACGAGGAGGUGCUGGGGUGCCUGGCGUCGCUGAUCAAGCAGAAGGUGCGCGCGGACACCGGCAACCGCGGCAACCAGUGGGAGCUCAUGGCCAAGUACCUGCAGAUACUGGAGCUGGAGGAGCCCAUCGCGCGGCUGAAGGUGGUUCACGUCGCCGGGACCAAAGGGAAGGGUUCAACAUGCACAUUUGCCGAGUCAAUUCUUCGAUCAUGUGGUUUCCGCACUGGACUUUUCACCUCUCCACACUUGAUCGAUGUCCGUGAGCGGUUUCGGCUUGAUGGGCUGGACAUUUCAGAAGAAAAGUUCAUUAGGUAUUUCUGGUGGUGCUGGAACAAAUUGAAGGUCAAAACUGGUGAUGAUAUUCCAAUGCCAGCCUACUUUAGGUUCCUUGCGCUGCUAGCAUUCAAGAUUUUUUCAGAUGAGCAGGUGGAUGUAGCUGUGCUGGAGGUCGGUUUGGGAGGGAAAUAUGAUGCAACAAAUGUGGUAAAAGCACCUGUAGUUUGUGGGAUAUCUUCCCUCGGAUACGAUCACAUGGAAAUUCUUGGAAAUUCACUUGUAGAAAUUGCUGGGGAGAAGGCUGGAAUAUUGAAGAAGGGAGUUCCAGCCUAUACAGUUCCACAACCAGAGGUGGCAAUGUCUGUACUGAAGCAGAGAGCUUCUGAAUUGGGUGUUUCUAUCCGAAUAGUUCCACCUUUGGACCCACGGCAAUUAGAAGAUCAACCUCUUGGGCUGCAUGGUGAGCACCAGUACAUGAAUGCAGGCCUUGCAGUUGCAUUGGCUAAUACCUGGCUUGAGAGGCAAGGACAUUUGGACAGAAUACAUGUCAAAGAUCAUGGCACCUUACCAGAUCAGUUCAUCAAAGGGCUAUCAAUUGCUUGUUUGCAAGGCCGAGCACAGAUUGUCCCAGAUCUACAAGUGAGCUCAGAAUGUAAGGACACCAGUUGUCCCUUAGUUUUCUAUUUGGACGGGGCACAUAGCCCAGAAAGUAUGGAAAUAUGCGCAAAGUGGUUUUCCCAUGUUACGAAAAAGGAUGCAGCACAACCAGGUCCUUUGGAGCAGCCUCGUAGUGGUAUCAAUUCUAAGAAGAUUCUCCUGUUCAAUUGCAUGUCAGUAAGAGAUCCUCAGAUAUUGCUUCCACGUCUUCUAGAUACAUGUGCUCAGAAAGCUCGGACGCCAGCCGCUCCUUUCAACCUCUCAGGAUGUUGUAUAUAUUAUUAUCCAUCGUGUCCUUGCUCGGAUUACCACCGUAAUUCACCUCACUUUUUGUUAACGGUAGCCUGCUCCUAAAGGGCAAGAAUAAGAACUCUGUUGUAUCGAUGCACUGCUCUCAGGUGAGAUUGAACACGAAAAAAGGUGCAUCAAGGCGUGAAUAAGGAAGAAGUCACCUUUGUCGGUUUUCAAAUUGAGGACCAACUGUGCUCUGAAAGUGAGAGAAGAGAUGUUUACUCCGUCAUUUUGAUCCGCGGCAGAAUAAAACAAACAUGGAAUAAAUUCGCAGCACAGGAUGAUGUUUAAUUAAACAUCUUAAAUAGCAUCAUGAUUACCUGGGAAUUGGUAACACCUUCUUUUGACAACUCACACGACUUGCCCGGUAUUUAAGGAGAGUGUGAUCAAAUGGUGAAACAGAAAAUCAUAUGUACGACUCAACCGAAGUGCAGUUGAUUUGCAUAAUAGAAUUGUACUAUAUCCACAUGUACAUGCUUCGAAAUGAGAUGAACGAUAUGCCCAAUAAUUUAAUCAAACUGACAAAACUGAACCGAUCAAUUAUGAUAAAAUUACUCAUUACUCCAUUGGCUAAUACGUCAUUGUUGCCCCACUCAAACGGGACACCAGGUUGCGGGUUGAUCAAACCAGUCUCAGACUAUAGUUGAACCAAAUACAAAAAAUGUAUCUAUCUAAAUAGGAUCUUAAAAUAUAAUAGCAUAUGCAAAAAUCUGCAUGCAUAGUUAGUCUAACAAAUAUAUCUCUCUAUAUGUACCACUAGCACAUAUGCCCGUGUGUUGCAACGGGAAAAAUUGAUGUUUCGUGCAAGCAUAAUGUCCCACAACACCGGAUUCACUAUGAAGAACAUGCUGCAACGCAGCAUCCUUCUACAAAAUGAACAUAAAAAAAUACGAUGCAGUUUAGCCGUGUUCAUAGUUUCUUUGCCGGGCAUAAUCUCCCACUGGUUCCAUUUAAGUAUAAUUCUUCUUUUAAUUACCAUGACGUCCUCACCCGUUUUAGUCGGGAAUCAAAUCCUUCCUUUUCUAAUUUAGUAGCCCCAACACAUUGAAGCCUACAGAUCCUUCCUUUUAAUUACCCUACCUUUUUACCUCAAGUUCUUCCUUUAAUUAGCCUCAUCUAUUUGAAUAUUCUAGUUAUUAAGACCACAAUCUUUCUUUUAAUUAUUCCACCGGUUUACCUGUAAUCCUUUCUUUAAUUAGCCACAUCCGUUUAAAUAUUUUAUUUAAGCCCACAAUCCUUCCUUUAAUUAGCUCAUUCGCUUAAUUAGCUCGCCCUAAACAUGAGGACUUAGUAAAUGUGAAUGGCGCAUAGGUCGUUGGUUGUUACAUCAAAGAUCCAGACAAGAGGUCCUGUGUUCAAUUCCCACAAUGUUGAUUUAUUUUGACCCAAUUAUUUUUCGCGGUCUCUAUGAAAACCCAUAAAAGGCCCAUCAACAUACAAGUACCUGGCCCAGAUCGCUUAGCCUGUGUACGAGCCAACAGUAUGAAACUUUAGCGUGCACUCAAACCAAACGAAAAGAACUAAACCAAACCAAGAAUACCUGUUCCCUUUAAUAGUAGGUAUAGAUAGAUACAGAUAUAGAUAUGAGUGCUGCUUAAAAUAUUAAAUGUCAGAUUCAUGAAUCUUUCCCUCCUUCCUUCAACUCAAAACCAUGAAUAUUUAGCCUGUAUGUGUAGAUUCAAGAAUCAUACAAUUCUAAGUUCUAAUUAACAAAUGGAUCGCCACCGAGUUCUCAACUCUCCCCUAAAAAAAGACACCCAUAUGAAAAAAGAAUAAAGAAGAUACUUCAGUUAUAUUUCCCAUGAGCUUUCUUCUUCUUCUUCUUCUUCUUCUUCUUCUUCUAUGUUCUAUCUCAUUUCUGCAUUCUGAUUUCUGUUUGGAUUUAUAAGAGGGACUGCCAAAUCAGUUUACCGAACAAUCCUUAUUAUUUACAUUCUCUGUUUGCCAUGUCUGAGUCUGGCAUCUGCCGGGCGUACCGCGCCGGGCUGCACAAUUAGCCAAAAAAUUAGCCGCAUACAGUGAUGCCUUUAAUCUUCAUAUAAAAUUUCUUUCCUUCUUUUAAUUCCCCCUGAACAAGGGGGAUGUUCAGAGUUGUACUAAUUACCGUGGAAUUAAGCUGAUGAGCCAUACAAUGAAGCUAUGGGAGAGAGUCAUU